CAGCACAUAAAUGGGCAAAGCCAGGCGUGCGGGUGCCGUCAUGCAGACCUUCAGGAGCAAGCCCUGCUCCUGCCCCAGCUUCAAGCUGCGGGAAGUGGCAUCCAUAUACUUCAGCAUGGUCAUGUUGUUCCUGAUCAUCCUGAUGGCAGCCCUGCAGGGCUCGGUACCUCGCAGGAAUGAUUUUCCCUACAAGGUGCCCCUUGAUCCCAAAGGGCUGCUUGAGCUCUCCUGGAACAUCAGCUACCCUGAGCAAGUCGUGCACUUCCAGCUCCUCAUCAAGCACCUGCAGUUUGGGCUCCUCUUCGGGAUGUCGGACAGGGGCGAGUUCGAGAAUGCGGACCUGGCCGUGCUCUGGAGCGAUGGGCACAAUUCCUAUUUUGGGGAUGCCUGGAGUGAUGCCAAGGGGCAGCUCCACAUGGACUCCCAGCAGGAUUACCAGCUCCUCGGGGCUCGGAAGGCUCCCAAAGGGCUCUACCUCCUCUUCAGAAGAGCCUUCAGCACCUGUGACCCGAAGGACUACCUUAUAGAGGAUGGCACCGUGCACCUUAUCUAUGGGAUCCUGGAGGAACCAGUCCAUUCCCUCCAAGCCAUCAACAUCUCUGCCAUCCACAGGGGAUUGCAGAGGGUGCAGCUGCUAAAGCCCAACAUCACCAUCCCUGAACUGCCCAGUGACAUGAAGACCAUGGAGAUAAGGGCCCCUGAUAUUAUCAUUCCCAGCCAGGAGACAACCUACUGGUGUUACAUGGCAGAGCUUCCAGAGGGCUUCCUCAAACAUCACAUUAUCAUGUACGAGCCAGUGAUCACAGCAGGCAACGAAGCCCUGGUCCACCACAUGGAAGUCUUCCAGUGUGCUGCUGAGUUCGACAGCUUUCCCCGUUACAACGGGCCCUGCGACUCCAAGAUGAAGCCAGACCGGCUCAACUACUGUAGGCAUGUGCUUGCAGCAUGGGCCAUGGGAGCACAGGCUUUCUACUACCCUGAAGAAGCGGGUCUUGCCUUUGGUGGCCCAGGCUCCUCCAGAUAUCUGCGCCUUGAGAUUCAUUACCAUAACCCCCUGGUGUUCCAAGGUCGCCGCGACUCCUCGGGGAUCCGCCUCUACUACACGGCCACCCUGCGACGCUACGACGCCGGCAUCAUGGAGCUGGGCUUGGUCUACACGCCAGUGAUGGCCAUUCCCCCGGGAGAGGGCUCUUUCAUCCUCACAGGGUACUGCACCGACAAAUGCACCCAGCUGGCUCUGCCCGCUGCCGGCAUCCGCAUCUUCGCCUCCCAGCUCCACACUCACCUGGCAGGAAGAAAAGUGGUGACAGUGUUGUCCCGGGAAGGGAGAGAACGGCAGGUUGUUAACGCCGAUGGUCACUACAGCCCUCACUUCCAGGAGAUCCGCAUGCUGAAGGAGCUGGUUGCAGUUUUUCCAGGUGAUGAACUCAUCACGACCUGCACAUACAAUACAGAAGACCGGAGUCGAGCCACCGUGGGCGGGUUUGGCAUCCUGGAGGAGAUGUGCGUGAACUACGUGCACUACUACCCCCAGACACAGCUGGAGCUGUGCAAAAGCGCUGUGGAUCCCGGCUACCUGCACCGAUACUUCAACCUCGUGAACAGGUUUAACGAUGAGGAAGUCUGCACAUGCCCACAGGUCUCCGUCCCACAGCAAUUUUACUCUGUCCCCUGGAACACGUUCAACAGAGAUGUGUUGAAAUCCCUCUACGACUUUGCUCCCAUCUCGAUGCACUGCAACAAAUCCUCAGCCAUCCGGUUCCCGGGCGAGUGGGAGAAGCAGCCGCUUCCCACCAUCACAGAAAGGCUGCGGGAACCCAUCCCGCGCUGCCCACCCACCCUGGGCCCUCGACCUGCUGCUCCCAUCCCUGUCAACCUGGGUGAGCUCAGGAGGGAUUGACGUGAUGCCUGCUCCUUCCACCACGACGGGAAGAUUGUGCCAUUGCUCUCUCAGCAUCUCUGUUCACACAGCGAUGCAAGCCGUUGCCCUGGUCCCUGUCUCCGGAGAGGGUUAGGGCUCACGAGCUAGAGUUCAGAAAGUACUCUGGAGAUGGAAAGCACUAUAUUUAGAGCGUUAUUAGCAAUCCUGGUUUUGAGUAAUGCUGCUUUCCACCCCCAGAAUAAUAACGUGAAGGUUUGCUAUUGUGCCAAACCCAGCACGGCCCCAGGGAGGUGGGGAGAAGCCUGUUUCCCUGCAGAGAAACUGAGGCACGGAGUAAAAACCUGCGUGGGAGCAACAUAGAAGCCUUCCCAGUGCCCCACGGUCCCAUUUAGCUCGGGGCGGCUCCACGGGCGCUCUCCCACGCCGGCACCAGUGGCAGGGAUGGAGGCAGGGAGGGAUGCUGCAUCACCCACCCGGAGCUCGCCUUCCCGCUGCAGGGACUGCGGCUCCUGACGCGCUCCUCCUCCCACUCCCCCGCGCUGGGGAUUAUUUGUCUUGACACGACCAGAUGCCAAUGGCCAAGAACAAAUGAUACUUCGGUGAUGGGGUUUAGAAAGGGGGAGAGAUGGCAGGGAGGGACACGAAGGGGGGGAUGACCA